AUGUCGAACUUUGACAAAUUGGAGCGGCGUCAUAAUGAGAACAAGCAAAAGCGAGAUAAGGACAACCGACACCAGAAGCGAAGCCACAGGCACUCCAGGAGCCCUGAGCGCAAGCGCAGGAGCCAAGACUCGUGUAACCCAGACCAGCGUGGCACCUCCCGGGACCUGCGGCAGCAAAGCAAAUCAUCAGCCAGAGGCUCUAAAGAGGAGCGUGGUGGAUUGAAUCGCUCCCCCCGCCAUGAGAAGAAGAAAAAGGUGUACAAAUACUGGGACGUGGCCCCUCUGGGCUUCGAGCACAUCACUCCCAUGCAGUACAAGUCCAUGCAAGCUGCUGGCCAGAUUCCAGCCACAGCCCUUCUGCCCACCAUGAUAUCUGAUGGUUUGACCGUGGCCCCAACACUAGUGCCUGUGUUCGGCAGCCAGAGGACCAGACAGGCCCGGCGCCUCUAUGUAGGCAACAUCCCCUUUGGCGUCACUGAGGAAACCAUGAUGGACUUCUUCAAUACCCAGAUGCACUUGGGGGGGCUGACCCAGGGCUCUGGGAACCCCAUCUUGGCUGUGCAGGUUAACCAGGAAAAAAACUUUGCCUUCUUAGAGUUUCGCUCAUUGGAUGAGACAACCCAGGCUAUGGCAUUUGAUGGCAUCAUCUUCCAGGGCCAGUCUCUGAAGAUACGCAGGCCUCAUGACUACCAGCCCCUGCCCGGCAUGUCAGAGAACCCCUCCGUCUAUGUGCCCGGAGUUGUGUCCACGGUGGUUCCUGACUCUGCCCACAAGCUGUUCAUUGGAAGCUUACCCAACUACAUGAAGGAAGACCAGAUCAAAGAGAUGCUGGCUUUCUUUGGUCCCCUGAAAGCCUUCAACCUGAUCAAGGACAGUGCCACGGGGCUCUCCAAGGGCUAUGCCUUCUGUGAGUAUGUGGACACCAACGUUACAGAUCAGGCCAUCAACGGGUUGAAUGGGAUGCAGCUGGGAGAUAAGAAGCUGCUUGUGCAAAAGGCUAAUGUGGGAGCCAAGAAUGCCACACUGGUCAGCCCCCUGAGUGCCAUCAACCAGACCCCCGUGAUGCUGCAAGUGCCAGACCUGAUGAGCUCGCAAGUACAGAUGGGUGGACACCCCACCGAGGUGCUGUGCCUCCUGAACAUGGUGCUGCCGGAGGAGCUGCUGGAUGACGAGGAGUACGAGAACAUUGUGGAGGACGUGCGUGACGAGUGCAGCAAGUACGGGGUCGUCAAGUCCAUUGAGAUCCCCCGUCCUGUGGCUGGAGUAGAAGUGCCCGGAUGUGGAAAGAUCUUCGUGGAGUUCACAUCGGUGUUUGACUGUCAGCAAGCCUUGCAGGGCCUGACAGGUCGCAAGUUCGCCAACAGACUGGUUGUCACCAAGUACUGUGACCCUGACUCUUACCAUCACAGGAACUUCUGGUAG